GUGUUCAUUUGGUUUGAUUUUGUUGUCAAUGUUGUUGAGUCGAAAGCAAUUGACCACUGAUUUGGUGGUCAUUUAGGAUUAAAUAGACAUUUAAGACAUCAAUUGACACCGAAAUGGAGACAAGCACUGCAUCCAUCCAAUGUGAUAAUCUGAUCCAAUACUUGUGCCAAUUGGGUCGACCACUGAUGGACAAGUUGUACACCAAUUCGUCGACAUCUCUGGCGGUGUUCCGGGAGUUACCGGAUUUGGCCAAACAUUAUGUGAUGAGACUCUUGUUUGUUGAACAGCCCAUCCCUCAGGCAGUCAUCGCCUCCUGGGUUAAGCACAUCAGUGAACACAACGAGUCGUCCGAAGUGUUGACCAAAUUGAAUGUCUGGAAGAGUCAGACACUCCCCACAGGACUUCCCGGUUGGCUAUUGAACCAGUCCUUCAGAGACAGCCUUAAGACUGCACUUCUCGGCGGUCGAAAGCAAUUGACCACUGAUUUGGUGACAUCAAUUGACACCGAAAUGGAGACAAACACAGCGACCAUCGCGUGUGAUAAUCUGAUCCAAUACUUGUGCCAAUUGGGUCGACCACUGAUGGACAAGUUGUACACCAAUUCGUCGACAUCUCUGGCGGUGUUUCGGGAGUUACCGGAUUUGGCCAAACAUUAUGUGAUGAGACUCUUGUUUGUUGAACAGCCCAUCCCUCAGGCAGUCAUCGCCUCCUGGGUUAAGCACAUCAGUCAACACAACGAGUCCUCCGAAGUGUUGACCAAAUUGAAUGUCUGGAAGAGUCAGACACUCCCCACAGGACUUCCCGGUUGGCUAUUGAACCAGUCCUUCAGAGACAGCCUUAAGACUGCACUUCUCGGCGGGUAUUCUCACCAUUUGACGAGUGUUUGUGUAUCACUUGUAUUGAUAAGUCUUUGUAUGGUUUAUGUCUUAAGAGGAGAGCAGUGGUCCGUAUAUAGAGAGCUAUCGAAAGACAAACACUCGCCAGACGUGGACUCACUGGACAGUUAUGCCAACAAGAGGUGGGAAUCCAUUCUCCACUUUAUGGUAGAACGCAGGCAUAGAGAGACAGAUGUGAUCAGCAAUGAGACGAAGAAUGUGUUACUUCACGCCAAUCUGAUCCGUUUGGACGACCCGAACGGCAUUCCCGAUAUCACCGCCAAUGGCUUUCAGUUCCUCCUAAUGGACAUCAGUUCCCAAGUCUGGCAUUUUUUGCUCAAAUAUUUGGACACAAUUCAGAGCAAAGGCCUCGAUUUAGCCGAAGCUCUCAUUUUUCUCUUUCAAUUGAGUUUCCUUUCGUUGGGAAAAGAUUACUCGACGGAAGGGAUGAGUGAUUCAAAUCUGGCAUUACUUCAGAACUUAAGGGAAUUUGGUUUAGUUUAUCAAAGAAAAGUAAUUCGCGUAUAUAUUGAAUUUGUGUUUGAAUUGUAUUUUAAUUGCGAUUAUUAUCGAAAGCAGCGAAAAGACGGCAGAUUUUAUCCGACAAGACUUGCCAUUAAUCUUGUGAGUGGUCUCAAAGACACGUCGCUUCACAGCAAAAGAUCUGGUUUUAUAAUAGUUGAGACCAACUAUAGGGUCUACGCUUACACUGACUCAACCAUUCAGAUCGCAUUACUGGCCAUUUUCACUGAAAUGCAGUACCGAUUCCCGAAGUUUGUGUUGGGAGUGAUCACCCGAGAGAGCGUACGCCAGGCUUUCAAGUGUGGCAUAACUGCCAAACAAAUAGUGAACUUUUUGGUGAUGCACUCACACCCACAGCUCCACAACCAGAACCCCAUAAUUCCGGGCACUGUUGUCGACCAGAUAUCCCUUUGGGAACAGGAGAGGGACCGACUUAUCUAUAAAGACGGUGUUCUUUACAGUCAAUUCAAUUCGCAGCCGGACUUUGAUUUACUCAAGAAAUACGCGAACGAUCUGGGUGUUCUCAUUUGGAGUAAUCCUCAACGACGAGUGAUGGUUGUGAGCCAUGGAGGGCACGAUGAGGUCCGCAGAUUCUGGAAAAGACAUAAAAAAGAUCAUUAAACUGUGUCCACGAGUUUUCAUAUAUUGUUUAUAUAUUAAAUCAUUUCAUAGAUUUUUAUAUUGAAUUAAAUUUAUUUAUUAAUAAAAUAAUUUUUGCUUUAA